UGGAGCGUCCCGGGAGCCGCGGAGCGCGGGGCGGCGGCGGGAGGAAGGAGGACGGAGCCCGGCAGGCGGCGGCGAGAACCAGCCCCCCGAUGCCCGAGGAGCCCCACCCGGACCGAAGAGUCUCUGGCAGCGAUUACUGAGUGGCCCCAAGUCCUUGGCUGCAGACAAGCCUCAAGCCCAGACCCCAUCUGUCCUGCAGAUGUGGAAGGCUUCCGCGGGCCAUGCUGUGUCCCCCCCACAGGAUGACGGGGGUGCUGACGAUUGGGAGACGGACCCCGACUUUGUGAAUGACGUGAGUGAGAAAGAGCAGAGAUGGGGGGCCAAGACCGUGCAGGGCUCUGGCCACCAGGAGCACAUCGACAUCCACAAGCUGAGAGAAAACGUGUUCCAAGAGCACAAGAGCCUCAAGGAGAAGGAGCUGGAGACCGGCCCCAAGGCCUCGCGCGGCUAUGGGGGCAAGUUCGGCGUCGAGCAGGAUCGCAUGGAUAAGUCGGCCGUGGGCCACGAGUACCAGGCCCAGCUCUCCAAGCACUGCUCACAGGUGGACUCGGUGCGUGGCUUCGGGGGCAAAUUUGGCGUCCAGGUGGACCGAGUGGACCAGUCAGCCGUGGGCUUCGAGUACCAGGGGAAGACGGAGAAGCACGCCUCCCAGAAAGACUACUCGAGCGGCUUCGGGGGCAAAUAUGGAGUGCAGGCUGACCGUGUGGACAAGAGCGCAGUGGGUUUCGACUACCAGGGCCGCACCGAGAAGCACGAGUCACAGAAAGAUUAUUCCAGGGGCUUCGGCGGCAAGUACGGCAUCGACAAGGACAAGGUGGACAAGAGCGCAGUCGGCUUCGAGUACCAGGGCAAGACCGAGAAGCACGAGUCACAGAAAGACUACGUGAAGGGCUUCGGUGGGAAGUUCGGCGUCCAGACAGACAGACAGGACAAGUGUGCGCUGGGCUGGGACCACCAGGAGAAGGUGCAGCUACACGAGUCCCAGAGAGAUUAUUCCCAUGGCUUUGGUGGCAAGUUUGGGGUGCAGAAGGACCGCAUGGACAAGAAUGCUGCCACCUUCGAGGAUGUGGCCAAGGUGUCGUCCACAUACCAGAAGACGGUGCCCGUGGAGGCAGCCAACAGCAAAGCGAGCAACAUUAGAGCCAAUUUUGAGAACCUUGCCAAGGAGCAGGAGCAGGAGGGCAGGAGGAAGGUGGAGGCGGAGCGCGCCCAGAGGGCAGCCAGGGAGCAGCAGGAGCGGGAGGACGCCCGGCGGCAAAUGGCUGAGCCACCUCGUUCCCAGGAGCCACCUCGUACUCAGGAGCAGAGCCUCCCAGCGGUCCCCUCUCCACAGCCAGCCCAGGAGCAGCCGCCCUCCAGCCCUGUCUACGAGGACGCCGUUCCGUUCAAGGCCGCACCCACGCUGGAGCCUGUGUACUCCGGGGAGGAGGAGCCCGUGUACGAGAGCACCGAGGGCCCCGGCCACUACCCCGCAGAGGAAAACACUUACGACGAGUACGAGAACGAGCUGGGCAUCACGGCCAUCGCCCUGUACGACUACCAGGCCGCGGGCGACGACGAGAUCUCCUUCGACCCCGACGACGUCAUCACCAACAUCGAGAUGAUCGACGACGGCUGGUGGCGCGGCCUGUGCAAGGGCCGCUUUGGCCUCUUCCCCGCCAACUAUGUGGAGCUGCGCCAGUAGCACCCGCGGCCACUCACCGGGUCCCCGGGGCCUCAGAAAUGGCUUUGUUCGGGGUUCCUCCUCCUUUCCUGGCCUCUCACCCAUAGCCAGUGGCCCCUGACAGCCACGCUGGCCUGACCGUCGCCGUGGGGGACUGCCCUGGUGUUCAGAGGACGAGAGGCCGGGCCUGGCAGGAAGCUGGGAUGAGCAAAGCUUCUGGAAAGGGAGGAGGGACGUGUCCAAGGUAGAGCCAUGGGUCCCUGUAGGCCCCGGCCUGGGGAUGUCAGCAGUGUCCCCCACAUGUGGCCCUGAGUCCUGGCUGUGCCGGUGACACCCUCUCUUUCUCUGUCUCUCACACACACACAGCCCGUGUCUGCCGCGGGAAGGAGGUGCCUUCUCUGGCGGGUCGGGACCCGCGUCCUUCCUUCCCUUCCAGGGGUCUCUGCUCUUUCUGCCAAACGAUAAUGCGGUUCGAGUGACCAGAAAGCCC